AUGGGUGAAACAGUUCUUUGUCAACUGUUGAGGGCGUUGUUCGAGACCAACCUCUCUAGCAUCUGGAGCUCCGACUUGGCAAGCAAAUUCCGCGUCGUUUUGGACGGCGUAACUGGCACACGAGCAGCCGGCCAUCCACCGUCGACUUCACAGCUUGAUAAUCUUACGCCAUGUUUCGAGUAUCUUUCAGAAGGUAUCAGAAGCCACAAGGUGCUGCCGUGUGUUGGGGCUAAUGCUGUUAGAAAGUCGUACUUUUCUGCUCGGGAACUCAACAACACCUUCAUUCCACAUGGGUCCCAACUUUGUGAUCUGCUCAAUUCACACUCCCUUGUGAUUCGCUUUGGUGACGCUUGGCUUGCUGGUGGGGUAGGUGAAGUGCCCAAGGCCAGCAUUGUCGAGCUGAUUAACAGCCUUCACGAGGCCCAUUUCAGGACGGCGGAGCUCUGCAGCACCGGUGGAGGUGAUGUUGGUCGGGAACCGAUGUCGAAUGCACAGUCGACACUCGUUGACUGGCUGCUAGCCUCGCGUCAGCCUCAGCAGCCGGCCAUGCUUCGUCCCUCCUCAAUGCCAUCCAACAUUCAACAGCCCGCAUAUAGCGCUCUGUCCCAGAUUCUUGAGAGGAACAUUGUGAUAGGUUACCGUGUCGAUGAUGUGAACGUAUUUGUCACCCUCGAACUCAAGCUAUAUCCUUGCAAUAUUCCCCCAGGAUCAGAAGGCUCCGACAUUUGUACCGAGAAGGAUCAAGCGAAGUUCGAUCACUAA